AUGUCAAGAAAAGGACUUGGCAUCAGUUUUGAGACUCAAAAGAGAUUGGACGGUUGCAUUGAUUUGUUUGGAAUAAACAAUCCAUCCCUCAACAAGCUUUCAUCUCUUGGCUUGCUUGCAAAAAUAGACUAUCGAUGGGAGAUCGCUCACAGCAGUGGGAGCUUAAUCAGCCAUGUCUCCUUUGUGGAGAGUCUGAGACCAUCUCUUCUUUGCCUGCACGUUCUCGUUCACAGCCUGGUUGCUGCUAGUUUCAUAUUUUUUCCAAGCUUGAAUCAACCGAGAUUGAAUUAUAAUGGUCAACUCUCUGCUGCAAAAUUGAUUAUCGAAGAUGGAUUCAAUGCUAUUUCAAAUGGCAUUCCAAUCUUCCAUCUACUGGAUAUGUAG